AACCUCCUCCUCCAGUUGGGUCGAUAACGUCAUCGCUGCCGUUGGAUGUUUUCUGUUUUUUUUCUUCAUUUGUGCGGGUUGUGGUGAUCGGGUUCAGUCCCCCUACAGCUCUGGUCAAUUGACUGGUAGAGGUUGCAUCUGCUUUUCGGUUUGUGGGUUGGAGAUUGGUGUAGGUUUUUUUCUGUCCAGUUUCCUCGCACCGUGGGUGUGGGGUUUUGGAAUUUCGUUGCAAGGCUUCAUGUUUUGGUGUCAGUGUUAGCUAAAAAGUUCAUUGGGGCGUGGUGUGUGUCAUUACUGGACAAUUGGCAGCAUUCGUUUCUGUGGUGAUUGAGCGUGAGUUCCCGGCGCUUGCCAACUGUAUUGUCUAGCCUAGAGUGACCACCAGCGCUUGUGGAAAGCGAAAUGUGAAAAAGCCACAGACAGUGCGAGCUCGAGGAAAGAGAGCAAGAGAGCGAAUGUGGGGGGGGGGGGGAAAGGGCACUGGUGCAGAGUCUGUGUCUUUUUUAAGUCUCGAGGUUUUCAGCUGUCAUUGUGUGGUCGCAAGUGAGUGGUCGAGCAAUUGUCGAAUAGGUGGGCUGUGGCGACGUGUUGAGUACUUGCGCUUCUUCUUGACAUUUGAAUCUUGUACAAGUGCGGAGUAGUCUGUUGCUCGGGUCAAUGGCGAAGAACUCUGCUGGUUACUGUAUGAUGGAGAUUUAGAAUGUGUCCCUUGGCUUAGAUGGACCCUUGACAGCUAUUUUCUUUUCCUCAGUAGACUGCGGAUGUUUGAUAUAUUUCCCCUUGGAAGUCUGUGGGCUGCGCCUGCGGUUUUGACCUGAGCAUUUCGACCGACACUUGAGUUACCUGCAAAGGUUGGUUGAAGCAUUGGUUCGGUGCCAGGAUGAUGGCAGACCGUGUUGCUACUCUGCAGGGUGUUGUAAGUAGGAAUUAUCGUCCGUGCUUCAAUGUAGCACACUCAUGUAGCCUUCGCAAUACUUCAGGCACUCUUUUAUAUAAUCCCCUGGGCUGCAAUCCGAGGACUAGUAAGUUGCUUUUGGUCAAGGUUAAAGUCGGACCACUAGAAUUGUAUAGGAAUGUCGAGAAGCCGAGAGGGCCCAGAUGUGCCGCCGCUAGUGACUCCUCACCAGACCCAACCCAAAGUUCGACUGCAGCAGAAGAGGUCCAUGACAAUCUCGUAGAGGAGAAGCGCAAUGCUAAGAAUCCUGUGAUUUCAGCCAUUCGAUUCGCGGCGUCGCUGGUUUCUGUUGUCGGCAAGAAUGAUUCGGGUGACGCUGAACAGAAAGAGAAGAAGAAAAGGAACAGGAAGGGAGAAAGAACAGUGUAUUUGCUCGCAGCCAUUUUUUCCAGUAUUGGUUUCACCGCACUGACUGCUGGUGCCGUGUACUACCGAUUCCUUUGGCAAAUGCAGGGUGCAUCACAGGUGCCCUACUUGGAAAUACUUGGGACAUUCUCGUUGGCCAUCGGUGCUGCGGUGGGUAUGGAGUAUUGGGCGCGGUGGGCACACAAAGCGCUCUGGCACGCCUCACUUUGGAACAUGCAUGAGUCCCAUCACAAACCACGAGAAGGUCCUUUCGAAUUGAACGACGUUUUCGCGAUCAUCAAUGCCGUUCCAGCCAUUGCGCUCAUGGCCUACGGCUUUUUCCAUCGUGGGAUUGUUCCAGGGCUUUUCUUCGGAGCUGGCCUUGGGAUUACAAUAUUCGGUAUGGCUUACAUGUUUGUUCACGAUGGAUUAGUUCACCGAAGAUUCCCCGUGGGACCUAUUGCAGACGUUCCAUAUCUUCAAAAGGUUGCAGCUGCUCAUCAGCUUCACCACGCAGAUCUCUUCGGUGGUGUACCAUAUGGACUUUUCCUCGGUCCUCAGGAACUUGAGAAUGUUGGAGGCGAGGAAGAGCUUCAGAAGGUACUGAUCGCAAAGUACAAAGUUCGCAAAGCAUGAUCAGCGACAAUGAGGGUGUAAAUUUUUUUUGACGGCAUUCAUCAGAGUUUUCCUAUCCAAUUUUUGAAGUCCCCGGCGAAGGGAACAUGUUGUAUACAAGCAACCAGACAGCGAAGAGUAGUGUGGUAUAAGCCAAAUCGUUUGUAUAAGGGGUAGCAUUGUUCACUCUGAAAGAUAGUGGCACCGGUUCUAUUCUCCUCACGAUUGAUACGGCAAGACUUGGAGAGUUGUAGACUGUGCAGCCGUAAGAGAAGAUGUAAAUCAUCGCAGUGUAACAUAGAUCAUUGAAAUGGUUGAAGGUUAGCCAAGUUCUGCAAUUGCUAAAGCUGAACUUUUUCUUCAAAAUAGGUUGUACUAUGGGUUCUUGUGUUGUAAAGUCGAACACGUCUGAUUGCUGAGUCUUGUGGCUUAAAUUUGAUGGUACAACUUUCGGUAGCUGUCAUCACGAUGGGCGUGGGUGAAAAAAGCUUUCACACUCGCCACACCUGGUGAAAGGAAUAUUGGUUUCGCAUAGUUUUAACGGUGUAACACCGAACACUUUUGUUCUCUA